ACGUGGACGAAUGUGGCAAUGACUACAAUGGGGGCUGUGUCCACGAAUGCAUCAACAUACCAGGAAACUAUAGGUGCACCUGCUAUGAUGGAUUCAUGCUGGCCCAUGACGGACACAACUGUUUAGACGUAGACGAGUGUUCGGACAACAACGGUGGAUGCCAGCAAGUAUGUGUCAACACUAUGGGGAGCUACGAGUGCCAGUGUACGGAGGGGUUUUUCCUCAGUGACAACCAGCACACCUGCAUCCAUCGCUCCGAUG